AUGGAGAAGCAGGCAGAUCAUCGUUCCAUGACGACGUGCACAAGUUUGUUGAAAAGUUGCCUGUUGAUGGCUCUCAAAUUUUCUAAAUCUUCGAGGCGAGAUAACGAUGAUGAUGAUGAUGUGGACUGCAAUUCCUGUGUUGAUCUUCUUGUCUGGGACAGAUGGUUAAGGUUAGCAGGUUGUAAAUUUGAUAUGGAUAUCAAACGAAGAAUAGCUAUGGCGAAAGAUGCACAUUCUAAAAUGAAAAACAUACUCACUAACAGUAAAAUCAUAAUAUUAGCCAGAUUAAAACUGUUAGGGUGUUACAUUUUUUCUGUUCUAACUUACGGCUCUGAGUCAUGGACAAUUUCUAAAAAAAAUGGAAAAAAAGAUUAA